GCGCUCCCGCGGCUCCGGUGCCCCUCCGGGAUCCCCGCCGGGCCCCGCUGGGCUCGGUGUCCCCCCACCCCCGGGCAUGCAGCGGGCGCUGCUGCCCCGCCUGUGCCAGCGGGCCCUGCGGCUGUGCCGGGGCGGGCUCCGGUUCCGCUGCUCCCGCGGGGCCGAGCAGGGAGCGCCCCGCGGCCGCGAUCCGCCCGCGUCCCUCCCGCCGAGCGCGGGGGCCGAGCGGGGGUCGCGCACCGGGCGGGAGCUGCGGCGGGCACAGCAGGACUCGCCCCGGGCCGGCGGGGGGAAGGGGCUGGAGCGGAAGGCGCUGUCCCUGGAGAGGACCAAGGGCUCCGAGAUCCUGUUCGGGGUGGCCCCGUGCGGGCUGGCGCUGGCCCGGGCGCGCAGGGCGCUGUUCCGGCUCUUCCUGAAGGAGCCGCGCGGCGGCCCCGGGCGGCCCGUGAGGGCCGAGCUCGCCCUGCAGGCCGCGGCCCGCGGCGUGCCCGUGCUGCACGUCCCGGGCCGGGCGCUGGACGCGCUGUGCCGGGGCCGGCCCCACCAGGGCGUGUGCCUGGAGGCCGCCCCGCUGCCCUUCCGCAGCCUGCGGCACGCCGAGGAGCCGGGCCGCGGAGAGAGCGCGGGCCGGCAGCGGCUGUGGCUGGUGCUGGAGCGCAUCCAGGAUCCCAUGAACAUGGGGGCCCUGCUGCGCUCCGCGUACUUCCUGGGGGUGCACAGGGUGCUGGCCACCCGCAGCAACAGCUGCCCCUUGACUCCCACAGUGAGCAAAGCCAGCUCUGGAGCCAUGGAGGUCCUCGAUGUGUACAGCACAGAUGACCUGCAGGGCUUUCUGAAGGCUAAAAGUGCAGAAGGCUGGGAAGUGGUGGGAACAGCCAGCAGGCCUGAGGAUGUGGAAGGUGUUCCUGUCAUCAGCUGCUCGGAAUUCCGGUGGGACAAACCCCUUAUUCUAGUGAUAGGCAGUGAAGGGGAGGGCCUUUCCCUGGAGACUCAGCUGCAGUGCCAGAGGAUGUUGGCCAUCCCCCCUGGCAGGGCGCUGCACCCCGGCAUCGACUCCCUCAACGUCUCUGUGGCUGCAGGUAUCCUCCUGCACUCCAUCUGCAGCCAGAAACGGAGGCAAGGAGAUUGAAAUCCUCUUGGUGUGGUGGAGGAAGCUGCUCAGUGUGGACAUGGAAAUGCUCUUCCCACGGUCUCCACCAUCACCGAGUUCCAGGGAGUGCCCCAGAGGCCUGAGCUGCAUUUUGGCUGCUGCAGAAACCACCAGAUCCCUGAUUAACACCAAAGGCAGACACUGAUGUUGUGGGUGACACCUGGGAGGAGCAGCUGUGGGAGGCAGGCAGGUCUGGGAGCAGCAGUUUGGGCAGGAGAACACCCAGGGAUGGCUGCCAGCACUUGUGCACUGGGGACUUCUGCAUCACUUGAAUUAUGGGGACAAUCUGGGCUGUGGGUGGAAGUGCCACUGGAAGUGCCUUGUGCUCUCCCCCUGGGCAGCAGCUGCUGAGUGCCAGCUGUGCCUGGGAACCACUGAGCUGGUUUUUCUGUGUUUGCUUACAAACCAGGUGUGCAGCCCUGCCAAGGGCUGGCAAACAUCUGGAGUGGGGGGAAAUGGAGCCAGUGGAAAUAAAACUUUUGUAAAGAUUGGU